UGAUAGCUGAACGUGUAUUUCUACGAGACAGAGACGCGUAUUCACCCUGUCCGCUUCCUACGAGUCCAGUAUACGAAUCUGCCUCCCUCAGUCUUUCAUACACUGUCGCUCAGCUCAGUUAGGUCUGGAAGUCUCUGAAGGAUUCUAUUACUGGAACGCGUACAGCAGUCAUGUCUACUCCUCCAGCCAAACGCAAAAGGCAGCCAUAUUCGCAGAAAUACACAGAAAAAUGGGAAAGUGACCCAUUGUUUCAAAGUUGGCUGACGAAGAGUGACAAGGGACUUUUGUAUUACCACUGUAAAUUGUGUAACUCUGACGGAAAGGCGGGCAAGUCAGAAAUAGAAAAGCAUGCUGCUGGAGCAAAACAUAUUAAGAUAGUUGAAAGUGCAAAGCGCACAGUUAGUGUACUUGAUAUGCCUAGUGUUAGUGGAAAAAGGCAUGCUGAAAAACAAGUGAAAGAAGCAGAGAUACGGUUGGCUGCAGUAGUGAGCGAGCUAAAUCUUCCAUUCUCAUCUGCAGAUAAACUUGUUCUCGCUAUCCAAGCGAUAUGUCCAGACUCAGAUGUCGCAAAAAAAUUGAAGUGCGACAAAACUAAAUGUGCAGCCAUCGUGAAAAAUGUCCUUGGUCGAAAGGAAUGUGACGAGUUAAAUUGGAAGAGCUAUAUCUUGGAGGACGAGUAACUGCACCCCUUCAGAAAUACCAAAACCUUGACAAGCAGCAACUGGACACGUUCAAGUUGAGAUGUCUGGACUUUUACAUAGAAGGAGCCUCUCAAAUUUUGCAAAGGUUUAAUCUCAGUGAUUCUGUAUUUACAAAUCUCAAGGCUCUAGAUCCACAAAGUGUACUGAUGAAGACAAUUCCCUCUGUUGCCCCCCUAGCUGCUCAGUUUCCUAACUUGGUGUCUGAAAAUGACUUAAAUGAGAUAGACGGUGAAUGGCGUUUUCUGAAAAACACUGAACUUAAUGUAGAACCUGAUAUUAAUGUAUACAAGUUCUGGCAAAAGGUUGGAGACUUGAAAAAAGGUGAUGAUUCCCCAUUAUUUCCACUACUAGGAAAUUUCAUGAAAAAUCUGUUGUGUCUUCCUCACUCUAGUGCAAGUGUUGAAAGGGUGUUUUCUCAAGUGAAUUUAAUGAAGACCAAAGUUCGUAAUUCACUGAACACAGAAUCGCUAAAUGGAAUGCUUCAUGCAAGGAAAAUUUUUGAAAAUUCAUCAGCUCACAGUUUCAAAGUUACACCGGGGCACUUAGAACUUAUGACAGCUGACAUCUACAAAACUUCAGAUCUACAGGCAUAGCAAUCAUUCUAGUGACAACCAUCCUGCCGCUGGUGACACUGGACAGAAUGGCACACCUUUCCUCUGAGGUGUCUCCUGAGGCUCUAUCUAAUCGCUUGAGUGAGAGCCUGCCAGUGUAUGUGUCCCAUCAGGAUGUCACCAAGCACCCCAAGCUGAGCCACCUUCUGGAGGACCUGACCCUCCGCCUCACCCCGACAGGCGUCCUCCGAGCCACACAGACCCGCCUCAUGCAUGCCUCAGUCACCCUCAAGCACACCAGGGUGAAAUAUCUAGAAGCAGCCACACUGCACUGGGUGUCCCAGGAUGUGCUUCUCAACAUGAGUGAUGGGGAGACGGAGAAGGAAAAGGGCAUGAGAAAGAUGAUGGAGGCCGUCACUCUAUCAGAGCUGCAGGACCACUUGGUGCUGACAAAGAGCAGUCCAGGGACACAAGAGAAAGGUGGAGGCAACAAGGAGCUGACACUGUUCGGCAUCAGCCCUGCGGAUAUGGUGGGGCGCAGUAAGGCUCUCACCCCAGAGCUGUACAUCAAAGACUUGAGUGCUGCAAUGGAAGCUUUUCUGGAGCAGGAAUGGAUCAAAAUAAGAUCAUUCUUAAAUCCUGUUGACUUUGAAGAUUGUGACUGGCAGGACACUAGCAAGGUUGUUGAACACUUGGAAACGACCAAGCAGAGGCUGGCUGAGGAAAGCAGCAAGCUCACCCAUUGUGUAAUUCAGACUCACCACUUUAGUCAAAAGGUUUAUAGCCUACUGUUUGAGUACAGCAAGAUUCUGAAGACCCUUGUGUCAAAGCACCGACUCUCCCUGUAUCCAGCACAUCACCUGGCCAACUCCCUCAUCACUCUCAAAACUCACUUCCUGAAGCUAAGGUGUCUUGAGUUGGAAAUUUUAACAGCCACUUACAGCAGUCAGUCUGUGCGGGCCCUCAAGAUGCUGCAGGGACAUUUGCUGCAGCGGAGAACACAAGCCGAGGAGUCGCUUGCCAAACUGAGACACGCUAUGGCUGCCUACGAACAUUUAGACCCAAAGUUCCAGGAUUUGUUAAAGGAAUACGCCAAGCUGCAGGAAGACAUACGCUUUGCUAAGAUGUCUUCGGAAACUGGUAGCCUCUGAUCUCUAACAUAAAAGUACUAGGUGAGCUGCUUCCUGUUUCUCUAAUUAGUUGGUUGUAGUGUUUCAUUUGAAGUGCUUCCAUUAAAUGUGAUUUGUUUCACACUGUGUCCAUGUAUGUGUCUAGAUUUUGUUACUUGCUAAAUAAAAGAAAUGCUCGUUUA